GCGGGCAGGUCAGAAACGGCGUUGCUGUUAUUUUGCCCGUCACAGGGGCUUAUCUGGACGUCUGAUCGGCCAGCCUAAAUCGGGACCCUUAAUUAAGGCCCUCGAUUGGCCAGAGGGCAGAUCUCGCGAGGAGGGCAACGCGAUAAAAAUACUGAUUCGGUGGGCGACCUGGAACGGGUGCCGAAGGGCGUUCGUUACAGUGAUGCCGAAGCGUGGGAAAAAGGGAGCGGUGGCAGAAGACGGAGAAGGACCCAAGACUGAGCCAGAGGCCAAGAAGAGUAAGACAGGAACAAAGAAAAACGAAAAAGAGGCAGCAGGAGAGGGACCAGUCCUGUAUGAGGACCCCCCAGACCAGAAAACCUCACCCAGUGGCAAAUCAGCCACACUCAAGAUCUGCUCCUGGAAUGUGGAUGGGCUUAGAGCCUGGAUUAAGAAGAAAGGUUUAGAUUGGGUAAAGGAAGAAGCCCCAGAUAUCCUGUGCCUCCAAGAAACCAAGUGUUCAGAGAACAAACUACCAGCUGAACUUCAAGAGCUGCCUGGACUAUCCCAUCAGUACUGGUCAGCACCUUCAGACAAGGAAGGGUACAGUGGUGUGGGCCUGCUCUCCCGCCAGUGCCCACUCAAAGUCUCCUAUGGCAUUGGCGAGGAGGAACACGAUCAGGAAGGCCGAGUGAUUGUGGCUGAAUUUGAUGCAUUUGUGCUGGUAACAGCCUAUGUACCUAAUGCAGGCCGGGGUCUGGUGCGCUUGGAGUACCGGCAGCGCUGGGACGAAGCCUUUCGCAAGUUCCUGAAGGGCUUGGCUUCCCGCAAGCCCCUUGUGCUAUGUGGGGAUCUCAAUGUGGCUCAUGAAGAAAUUGACCUUCGCAACCCCAAGGGAAACAAAAAGAAUGCUGGCUUCACUCCACAAGAGCGCCAAGGCUUUGGGGAAUUGCUGCAGGCUGUGCCCCUGGCUGACAGUUUCCGGCACCUCUACCCCAAUACAGCCUAUGCCUACACCUUUUGGACCUACAUGAUGAAUGCACGCUCCAAAAAUGUGGGGUGGCGCCUUGAUUACUUUUUGUUGUCUCACUCUCUGUUACCUGCAUUGUGUGAUAGCAAGAUCCGUUCCAAGGCCCUGGGCAGUGACCACUGUCCCAUCACCUUAUACCUAGCACUGUGACACCUCCCCCACAUCAAUUCGAGCCUGGGAAAUAAGCCCCCCAGACUAGCAGAGUUCUUGCCCCCCUCCCAAACUUCUUUAAAAUCUGCACUGUAUUUCCUUUCUGAAAAUCCUUUAACCAGGCUCCUAGUGACAGACUUAGGUUUCCUUUAAGCCUGAGGUGUUGGGAUUUUUUUUCGGUGAGUUCUCUCUCCUGCUUGCUCUCUUUCUUUUUUUUUUUUUACAUUAAACAAAAGCUACUGAUGACCUCCUUGAACUGUCCAUGUGAAAAUAAAGAGCCAUAGUUUGC